CGUAUUGGCUGUGACACAAACCGGAUGGAUAAUUUGCGCGCUUUUUGUUUGUUUCUUUUUUUUAUUCGUGCCAGUGACAUUUAAAAAGUUUUCAAUAAAAACUUUUUUUAUAAUGAAAGUGAAUAUAUCACCCAGUCUGCUACGACAAUAUGCUGUGGUUUUUGUGGUUAACCUGGCGGUGCUUACAACCGGCAUGAGUUUAGCAUGGCCGUCUCCGAUGUUGGUGAAAUUGACAGACCCUGAGAAUAGUCCAAUGGACAGCCCACUAACGGAGAGCGAAGGGUCCUGGAUGGUAGCUUUGGGGUUCCUGUUUGGAGGUUUUGUUAACAUACUCGGAGGGAUAUUACUGGAUAAAAUAGGACGAAAAGCCUGCGUGUUGUUAUGUUUUGUGCCGAAGUUGUCAAUGAGUAUAUUCCUCAUAUUUGCUACUAAAGCAUGGAUGCUCAUUUUCGCCCGGACCAUUAUGCUGAUCGGCGAUUGCCUAGUGCUGGCGGUGGUACCUGUAUACUCAUCUGAAAUAGCUAGUAAAACAAAUCGGGGUUCGCUAGGAACGUUACUCCAGCUGUUUUCAUCUUUGGGCAUCGUGAUCACGCUUUCCGUCGGCCCGUUCGUCUCUUAUCAUACCUUUAGCUAUAUUUUAUGUGGGACUGUUGUUGUGUGUUUGAUACCUUUAAUUUUUCUUCCCGAGAGCCCGUACUAUCAGUAUUCUAAAGGAAAAUAUGACGCAGCGUUAAAAUCGCUAACCACGUUCAGAGGAUCUGAAGAGUUAGCCAUAGAAGAGAUAGAAGAAUAUAAGAAAUCAACAGAAGAUCACGUUGAAAUCGACAAAAUUGAAAUGCUUAAGAACAAAGCGUUUUUAAAGUCGCUUAUUCUUUGCAUUCUUUUGUUUGUGGGUUCUCAGAUAGUAGGUUACAACGCUGUGACGUUUUACCUGCAGUCGAUAUUAAUCUCUACGAACACUAGCGUAAUGCCUGAAAUAGCAUCAGUGAUUAUUGGUUUGAUACAAGUAUUUGCGAGCGUGUCCGUUACAAUUUUGACGUCUAUGUUCCGAAGGAAACGGUUGUUGCUAUCGUCUUUAUCCGGCAUGUUUCUGGGAAUGAUGGGAUUAGGAGUGUUCUUUCAAAUGAACUCAGAAGUUGAUGCGGUCACCGGUUUUAUGAACUACUUGCCAAUUAUUUCCCUGAUUCUCGUGGUGUUUUGCUACAGUGCUGGUAUUGGCUCACUAGUGUGGCCAACAACCACAGAACUCUUCGAAGGACCGACCAGAGCAUUCGGGACGUCUAUCGGAUUACUGUUCUGUCAGAUAACGAUUUUCAUAACUACAAAAUACUUUCCCAUUAUGACAUCAGCGGUUGGUCCCGCACCGACAUAUUGGUUCUUCAGUGUAUGCUGUAUUGCUGUGGCCGUUCUGAUUGGUGUGUUUGUACCAGAGACUAAAGACAAAACGUUUCGAGAAAUACAGAACUCGAUGGGAAAUUUCGUGAACGAUGCCGAAAAGGUGGACAAGGAUAGGAGCGUAUAUGCUGGUCUCGUUUACCUUGAUGUGAAUCUGACUGGGGUCGGGGUUGGCAUGUCUAUAGCGUGGCCAUCACCAAUGCUCAUCAAGCUAAUGAAGGAAGACACUCAGCUAUCUAGGAGAAUAUCUGACAACGAAGCGACUUGGAUCGUCUCUUGUGGAUGUCUGCUUCCAAUAAUAUUUUCACAUUUUAUUUCCUGGAUCUCAAAUAAACUAGGAAGGAAGACCACAUUGCUGGGCAUCAGUAUAAUAAAAGGAUGUUUAUACAUGAUCCAGAUAUUUGCUACAGAACUUUGGAUGUUGUAUUCUAUAAGGGUCAUAUCGGGUAUUCUGGAUGCUGCUAUUCUAUGCAAUUUACUGGCUUACAGUGCGGAGAUAGCUAGUAAAGAAAUUCGAGGUGCAUUAGGAACUAUACAACAAAUGUCACUGGCAACGGGUAUGCUGGUGAUACUCACCGUAGGACCCUACGCAUCGUACCUGAUGGUCAAUAUUGUGUUCGAAUGCAUCACACUACUGAUAAUUGUGCCGUUGUGUUUUGUUCCGGAAAGUCCCUGUUCUUUGCUAGGGAGGGGACUAAAAGACGAAGCGCUUCAAACGCUUAUAUACCUUCGCGGUUCAGAAACAAGAGCCAAGGAAGAGAUCGAAGAAUUUACAGUAUCACGCCAGCAGAACAAACACAAGAUUUCGUUUCGCGACAAGAUCUUUGUAAAAGUCCUCGCUAUAGUCAUACUAUUGAGUGUAGGCAUACAAUCAGUAGGAUAUUUGACUGUGACAAUGUAUUUACAAAUAAUACUGGACGCAACUGGAACCAGCGUAUCUUCAGAAGUGGUGUCAGUUAUUUUUGGAGUUCUACAAUUAUUGGCCGGCCUCUUCACAGCAGUUGUAACUGACAGGACGGGAAGGAAGCCUAUAUUGUCGUUAACACUCGUUGGUUUUUCCCUUGGAAUGGCUGGUCUGGGAUUGUUCUUUCACGUCAAAGAUUCCGGCGCUGAAAUAAAUGGGAUCAUAAAUUAUUUGCCUCUCAUUUCUGUAGUUAUGAUCGUAGUUUGCUUUAAUGCAGGUCCUGGAAGUCUAAUAAAUGUUGUUAGUUCAGAAUUACUAGACAGUCCGGCUCGAUCUUUUGGAAUGAGUACAGCAAUAACAUGUGGUCUAUUGGUUGCGUUCAUAAAUCUCAAAUACUUCACUUUAGUUGCCAAUAUGAUAGGCUCUGCUGCCGUGUUUUGGAUGUUUGCUGGCAUAUCCCUCGCGUAUAUGAUGUUUAUACUAAUUUGCGUGCCAGAAACUAAGCAGAGAUCGUUUUUGGAGAUUCAGAAAACGCUUGGAAGGAAAGAAAUUUCAAUGGCUGUGAUUGAACAAUGAUUGUCAAUGAAACGAAAUAUUUGAGGAUUUUUAUGUCACCAAUGGAAGCAACGAGUAAGGAAGAAAAUAAGGAAGGAGCAAUUGCAUUUAUUAAAAAAUAUAUUUAACAU